AAUUCAAUCGCAUUUAUAACCUUACAGUUACGAGUUUAUUAUUAAAAUUAUAAAAUGACAAAAACAGAUGAAGAACUUGAUAAUCUUAUUGCGCUUUUGAGCAAGAAGAUAACUGAAUCUGAUUUCCCGCAACUACGAGAUGCUUCAAAAGAUGAGGCAAUCAAGGAGUGCGAUCUCAAGCGUUUGUCGUCACCAAAGGAAUGGUUGACAUUUCUUCGUGAAAAGAACCUUUUGUCCUCAGAUGAUCCGAGUUUCAUCGAACAUGUUUUUGAAAUCUGUCGUAGACCGGACCUAUUAACAAUUGUUAUGGAGUACAGAAUAUCAAAUUUAGGUCUUCAAAACGAGGAGGAAUUAGGGAAAAAAUUAAUCCGGGUGCGAACUUCAAAAAAAUAUAAAGGUUCUCCAAACCAACCGGAUAUCGAACAAGGAGAACCGACGAUAAAAUUAUCUGCCCCCCCGAAAAAUCGACGAAAAAGCUCAUCCACUAACUGACUCAUUCCCAUGGGAUAUUCCUUUACCAGAUUGAGAGUAUAGCCGUAACAUUUCAUAUUACAAUACAAAUUUGUGUAAUUCUCGUCAUAAUUACUAUGCUUAUCAAUGUAAUUAUUUUUAGUUGCUGUUUUUCGGUACUCCCGUAGUAUGUGAACCAAGAUGGCGGACACCGGGAGGUAGUAUGUGUACCAGUUUAGGGUUAGGCCAUAAUUUUAUUCCAAUUUUCUUUA